AUGAAAGUACCACGAAUUAUGAAUCGUGGGCGUAUAGCACCAUCAGCACCAAGAGUUAGUUCUGAUUCAGAACGAAAUUCUUGGUCAUCAGCUUCAAUUGUUAGUACAAUCGAAACACAAUCACCACAACCACAAUUACCAGAAGAAGUGACUCAAACAUUACAAAAACCUAUUGUGGUAUCAUCUAUUAAUAAAAAAGUAAUUAUUGGCUUAUGUAUUGCUGCUGUAUGCCUAAUUAUUAUAAGUAUUGUACUUGGUGCUGUUUUACCUCUUACAUUGAAUAAAAAUUCACCUACGACGAAUUCAACUACGCAAACUAUGAAUAUAACACACAAUAAAUGA